CCUGCAUCAUACAUCUAAAUUGACAUCUACCCAGUCAACCUUACCAAUCCUAUACACCCUCACAGAAUCAUGUACGCCACCAGAGUUCUCAACCUGCUCGUAGCCCUCGCGGCAGCCGGCACAGUCGCUGCCGAGUGCUACGACGAGAAACCAGCCCUCCACUGCUACAACGGCCCUGACGACACCCACCAAGACCUCACGGUCGAGGACAUCACCUACAUCGGCGAUGCUCUCCGCGCCUACGGCCGCGAGAUUGAGGGAGGUCGCUACUUCACCAUGACGGCCCAGCACGCUCCCGACUGCGCUGAGUGGGUGCUCUUCACCCAGGGCUCGGUUGUCGCCCUUGCCAAGCACAUUGGGUCCGACAAGGACUCGUCAGUCCUCUUCGAGGAUAUCGCCAACACCAUUGAUGGCGGCCAGGAGCGCGACCAGGUCGGUCCCGCCCUUAUUCAGUGCUUGGGAGCUGGAGGGUCAGCAGGCGUCAUCGUCAACGCAUCGGACGCGGGUUAUAACACCAAGGAGUACCUCGACAAGGGCUACACUCCCCAGGGAAUUCUGAUUAAGCUUGUUACCACUGAAACGGAUGAGCUGUAAGGGCGUGGUAUCAUUUGGGAUAAGAUAAUACACGAGUAAGAUUAGACAGAUGAAAUACGGCAUUUGCAAUUGAAUCACAACGCAAGG